GUUUUCACAGGCAGUUUGAUUUGCUCUCUGGUGCAUCAUGAAGCUGCUUGCCGUCCUUCCGUUGUGGGCCCUGUUCACUGUCACCCAGCAGAAAGCACCGUCAGUUGACUGUCUGUGUGAGCUGAUAAGCUCAGAGAAACAAUUUCCCUACGACAAGCUGAAAGCAGCACAGGACGCCGCUGUCGGCUGCACAAAAACCGUCACUCCACAGAAGAGCGCUGCCUUAGACAGCCUGCUGCUGGGCCUGAGUCGACGCCUGCCCCAGCUGGAGCAGGACGUGGCGAUGCUGGAAAAGGAGGAUGAUGGGCAGCUGUUUGGAGUUCUGAGUCUGCACGUCAUCGAGAACGAGCUUGCAGAGAUCCAGCAGAUGAUUGAAAAGCUCAACAGAACCACCGCAGAAAGCGACCGGCUCAGUGAAAACGUGGCUCAGCAGUUGGAGAAUGUAAAGGAAGAGAUGGAGGAGCUGGAAAAAUUUGACACCAUGAAGGUGGUGGAGAGACAACAAGCUAACCAGCGACUGAGGAGAGACCUGGACCAGUGCAGAAACCAUGGAGUCGUCCCCCCUAUCCAACCCACUCAGCCAACUGGUGGUACCUGUCGUCUCAUCAACAUCACAGGACCAAGGGUCCAGACAGCUGGAGAGUAUCCCGGUUCAUUCAAGUAUGGAGCCUGGGGUCGGGAUCCCAAACCAGAGCCCGGGAAGGAGAGCUGGCAUUGGAGGGUGAUGUUGACGUCCAGCAACAGAUACGCCCAUUACGUCCGUCUCUACUCCAGCCUGAGCUCUCUCAUUGUUGGGAUCAGUGUUCCAGGAAAUGUUCAGAUCCAUCCGUCUAACCCGACCACUAACACCAUCCAGGGGCCGAAUGUGGUUCUAUAUGCAGGGGCCUUGUACUACAACUGCUACAACAAAGAUGCAGUUUGUCGAUUCAACCUCACCUCCAAAGGUGUGACCACCUUGGAUUUACCCAAAGGAACCAGGUACAACUCAAAGGGUGAUUUCUGCCACCUUGAAGAAUGCUAUCCGUUCACGGACCUGGACCUGGCCACAGACGAGUCGGGCGUCUGGGUGGUCUACACCACCACCCAGGACCACGGCAACCUGGUUCUAUCGAAGGUGGAGGAGAGCGAGCCGCCGAAGCUCGGCAGAACCUGGCGGACAUCAGUCUACAAGAAAAGCGUGACCAACACCUUCAUGGCCUGUGGCGUCCUCUAUGCAACACGUUUUGUCACCAAAAACACAGAGGAGAUCUUUUAUUCUCUUGACACGACGACAGGGAAGGAGAAUUUCAAAGUCGGCAUCUUCAUCAAUAAGGUGUCUUCUGACAUUCUGUCCUUAAACUACAGUCCAGUGGAUCAGAUGUUGCAUGUGUACAGUGACGCCCAAAUGCUCUCUUACAAGGCUUUGUUUCAAAUGAGGUAGAAGCAGCAGUAAUGCUGAAUAAGUGCCAGAAAUUGCUGCGCUAAAAUUCAUCUGAAAAUUCAUCUUCCUUGUCUUGAAAAAUGUUUUCUUUUUGUACCUGUUGAACCUUCUUUCUGCUUUCCCGUUUCACCAACUAAUGCCAUCACCUUGAUGUCUGAUUGAUUUGAAAUGAAAACAGAACAUUUCUUGAGAUAGCCUGUAAUCUCAGCCAUAAAUAAUCUGAGAGGGUUCAGUUAAAAUGAUCACACUUCAGAUCUGGGAUGCCAGAUUUGUACAGUCAAUUGACGCAGGUUGGCAAAGUGUGCAAAUAAUUUUCACUCCUGAAAUCCUUCUCUAGAAAAGAAAUAUCAGCUUAAAAGGGACUGAAUAAAAAUCU